CCAAGUUAAGCAAAAAAAUCUCAAUUAGCAACACCUAAACCUCUAAGCUAUAUCCACUCAAUCAAGCAAUUAACAUGGCACCAACCUUAAUCCCCUCAGAUCUCACUGAAUUUGUGAUGCUUCAAGGGAAUGGAGUAAAGGGCCUCUCUGAAAUGGGCCUAAAGAGCCUCCCAAGUCAAUAUGUCCAACCUUUGGAAGAGAGGGUGAUCAAUGUUGUACCUCAAGAGUCCAUUCCCAUCAUUGACAUGUCCAAUUGGGAUGACCCAAAAGUACAAGAUGCAAUUUGUGAUGCAGCUGAGAAGUGGGGCUUCUUCCAAAUCAUCAACCAUGGGGUGCCCCUUGAAGUAUUGGACAGUGUCAAGGAUGCAACUUAUAGGUUUUAUGGGCUGCCACCUAAGGAAAAAGUUAAGUACACAAAAGAGAAUUCUUCAACAAAGCAUGUGAGGUAUGGGUCUAGCUUUAGCCCUGAAGCAGAGAAGGCCCUAGAGUGGAAGGAUUAUCUAAGCCUCUUUUAUGUUUCUGAGGAUGAGGCUGCAGCAACAUGGCCCCCUGCAUGCAGGAAUGAAGCGCUGGAAUACAUGAAGAGAUCUGAAAUCUUGAUCAAACAACUUUUAAAUGUGUUAAUGAAGAGGCUAAAUGUGAGUGAAAUUGAUGAGACAAAUGAAUCAUUAUUUAUGGGUUCAAAGAGGAUCAACCUCAACUAUUAUCCUGUUUGCCCAAAUCAUGAUCUAACGGUAGCAAUAGGGCGACACUCUGAUGUCUCAACACUAACUGUUCUCCUUCAAGAUGAAACUGGUGGCCUCUACGUCCGAGCACCGAACCACCACGGCUGGAUUCAUGUACCACCGGUCUCCGGUGCUAUAGUGAUCAAUAUAGGUGAUGCACUCCAAGUAAUGAGCAAUGGGAGAUACAAGAGUAUUGAGCAUCGUGUGUCAGUCAAUGGAAGCAAGACUAGGGUUUCAGUGCCUAUUUUUGUGAACCCUAGACCCUCAGAUGUUAUUGGCCCUUUGCCUCAAGUGCUUGCUAGUGGAGAGAAGGCCCUGUAUAAAAAUGUGUUGUAUUCGGAUUAUGUGAAGCAUUUCUUCAGGAAAGCUCAUGAUGGAAAGUUGACAGUUGAAUAUGCCAAGAUAUGCCAAGUUUAAUUCCUUUGGGAUUUGGGAGGUACUAUGGUAAUGCACUUAUUUGAAGUUAUUUAAUUAUGAUAUGAAGCAAAUUAUAUAUUCAAGCUCUUCAACAUUAUAUAGCUUAUGUUGAAUAUAGUUUAGAAGUAUGCGUGUUCACAAUAAAUUGGCUUUGAAUAUUAGUUUUACAUUGGGCUGGUGAAAAUCCCUUAAGUCGAGGUUUAUUUGUGUUAUAAACCAACUUCUAAAGUUCAUUUGCUAUUUUUUUUAAUCAUUUCAAUGUACUUUACAACUAUUAUACAGAUGCUUGUGAGUAGAAUUGCUAA